UAAAUGUUUCUUGUCGUCGUUAUGACAAUCUGACUAAUCGAAUUGUUAUGUAUUUCACAUAAUAUAUUUUUCCGCGAUUUUAUCGCAAUGAUUUCGUACUAAAGAAACUCUGUAGUUUUGUAUCAAGUUUAUUUUUCUAAACAAUUCGUGUAAUAUUGUAUUAUAAAAAAUGGAUAUACCCUUAACUGAACCAGACCUCGUGCCAUCAGAUCCGAAUACAGAGGAAACAAAUAACAACGAAAGUAACACCAACGACGAUGCUGCUAAACAGCGACCACCGAGGGAUGAAAAAUAUUACCAAGAUGCUAAGCAAUAUUGGUCCACCGUUUCGCCUACUGUAGACGGCAUGUUGGGAGGCUUCGCCAGUAUCUCAUUCAACGAUGUGCGCGGAUCGGAACAAUUCCUGCGAAAUUUAUAUAAACUUAAGCCGGCUCCUGCUAAAUUGUGGGCACUGGACUGUGGAGCCGGUAUAGGACGAGUUAGUAAAAGUUUGCUGAUGCCGAUGUUCGCCAAAGUGGACCUGGUCGAGCAGGAUGAACAGUUUUGUCGAACAGCGGAAAACACCUUAGCUCCAAGCGGGAAGCUUGGCACGGUUUUCAACUUGGGAUUGCAGGAUUUUACUCCCGAAGAGGGUAAAUACGAUGUUAUUUGGUCACAGUGGGUGUUGGGACAUUUGACUGAUGACGAUAUAGUGGAGUUUUUUGCCCGUUGCCUCCGUGGAUUGAAGAAGAAUGGACUGAUGGUGCUAAAGGAGAACUUCACCGCCGGACCGCAUGUUGAGCCCGAUCGACAGGAUUCGUCUGUUACAAGACCGUUGCCUUGGAUGAAGAAGCUUCUGCACAAGGGAGGCUUUAGGGUAAUUAAGGAACAAAAGCAGAAGGACUUUCCCAAGGAUCUGUAUCCAGUGUACAUGCUGGCUUUGAAGCCAAUAAUAAAUAGCUAAAAUUUACUGCAUAA